AUGGCUUCCAUCACCAAACUUCCGUGCGAGGUGAUAACUUCGGUGAUGCGAGAUCUGGGCAAUAUACGCUUCCUGCUGCCUUGUCUCCUUACCUGCCGUCAUUUCUACGCAUGCUACAGAGAGAAUCCGAGCGUUGCGGCCGAUAUCUUGCAGCAGCAAGUCACUCUAGCUCUUGUCCCUUAUUCAAUCGCAGUGUUGGAAGCAUCGCAUCUCAACCCACGCACUGGAGUUGCAGUCAGGGAGCUGCUCAAAAUGCUUUAUACGGAACCAUCUAGACUCGCCAACCGACUGAGGACGAUGCCAGUUCCGCUUUUUAUGAAAAUGGGACACAUGCACGAUGCGAUCCAUGAUUUGGCCUCUCAAUAUUCUAGCCACGCGUGGACUCAAAUCUCUAAUGGCCAACCGAUGCAAGCGUUUAGCGGCCUUUCCUUGUCGCGGACAGAAUACUAUCGCUUUUGCCGAGCUUUCUACAGAGUCGAACUGUAUUUCAGCCUCUUCCGUAACAGCACGUCAUCGAAUAUAGCAUCAUUUAGCGAUGACGAUAGGGAGUGGUUCUUUUCGCAACACGCCCCAUGGGAAAAUGAGCAGCUGAGCGGCGCUCAUGACUUUCUCGAACUCAAGAUUUCCAAAGCCUCAUAUGAUAUCCUUGCUCAUGAUGUUGAGCUCGGCGAGUUGGGAAUCGACUAUCUCACGCCUGGUGGCGACAAUGGCUGGAGGCAGCUCUUCGCGUUGUUGAAGUCUUCAUUUGGCGCCGGUAGAGCUGAUCUCUACGAUGCGCUCACCAAUCCGCCUGGAGAGGACUUGGAUGAUGGUAUCCCACUCUCCGAAUACACCGAUGAGGACCUAGAUACUCUGUUUUCAAUUUCCCACAGUGAAGAUGCCAACAAGGGUCCAUUUCAAGCGUGGCGGAUGGCCUUCAAUGACUUGCCUCGUCGCGCGUGGGCCAUGCUUACAAACAAUGCUGGAUUGAGGGAACGGGCUUAUGUAUUCUGGGAUGUGGAGCGUCUCGAGAGAUGUGGCCUGCUGAGUCUUUUUGAAGAUGUCUCAGAAGACUCUGAGCUUUUGAGUGCCAACAAAGACUUUGAUGGCAUGUAUGAGUCUUUUGAAGAGCGUUCAAGGAUAUGGCAGAAAGGUGGCUUAGGAUAUUGGAGUAACGAUGGCGAAAGCAGGAUUGUGUGGCCGACGAGACAAGGCAUGGAAUGUCUGGGUUAG